AUGCGCCUCACCACCGUCUUUGCACUUUUCACCGUGGUCCUGGUUUACCUCGUCACCGGGGCCUUCAUCUUCCGCCAGCUAGAGCAGCCCAAUGAGGUCUACCAACAGGUGAAGCUCAAUGCCUACCGGGAGGAGUUCUUGAAAGUGCACCGGGAACAGUUCUUGAAGCAGCACCAGUGCGUGAGCCCCGACAAACUGGCUGACCUCAUUCAGCAAGUAAGCGAGGCCAUAUUAGCCGGCGUGGAUCUUUCCAACAACAGCACCAACACGACCAGCUCGAACUGGGACAUGGGCAGCGCCUUCUUCUUUGCUGGAACCGUCAUCACCACCAUAGGUUUUGGGAACAACUCACCCCAAACUGACGCUGGCCGGCUCUUCUGCAUCUUCUAUGCCUUGGUGGGGAUUCCUCUUUUUGGGAUGCUCCUGGCUGGAGUUGGGGACCAUCUGGGAUCAUCUCUACGGAAGGGCAUCGGCAAAGUGGAGGAUAUUUUCUUGAAAUGGCAAGUCAGUCCUACCGUCGUGAGGAUCCUGUCGGCGCUGCUCUUCAUUCUCAUUGGCUGCCUCCUCUUUGUGUCUCUGCCCACUGUUAUCUUCCAGCAUCUGGAGCACUGGACCCUCCUUGAGAGUGUUUACUUUGUGGUCAUCACGCUGACCACCAUUGGAUUUGGCGAUUAUGUGGCAGGUGAUACGUCGGCUGAGGAGUAUCCAUGGUACAAACCGUUGGUGUGGUUCUGGAUCCUGCUUGGUUUGGCCUAUUUUGCCUCCAUACUGACCAUGAUUGGCAACUGGUUGAGGGUGUUGUCCCGACGCACAAGAGCUGAGAUGGGGGAUUUGACCGCCCACGCGGCCUCCUGGACGGGCAACGUGGCAUCCCAGCUGCGUGUCCCAAACAUGGCAUUGCCAGACAAGCUGCACAGAGUGGGCGCCUUGAAAGGGAAGCCUCCGUCUCCUUCGGACAUCUUGCCGCAGAAGGAAAGCGAGGAGUCGCUGCAACCGUCGCCGUCACAGCCCCCGCCACCCUUACUGCCGUCGGAGCCCCCAGCCUUACUGCCGCCACUGCCGCCCUUGUGCCUACCGUGUCCGAGCCCUUCUCCGGCUACCAAUCGGCGCGUGGCCCAGCUGAACACCCGUAAUGCCGCCCCGUUGCGGCCUAUAGACUACACGGGUGAAAACUUGGCUUUCAUUGACGAGAGCUCGGAUGCGUUGAGCGAUGGGGGGCCACCUUCGGCCAGGCCACCCCGCCGCUUGCGCCCCCGGGCCCGACACCGUACCAACACUGGCCAGCCCCCAGGACUUCCCAUGGAUAUGCUGAGCCGGACCCGAGACAAAGGAGAGGCUGUUUAG